AUGCCUCGCAGCUCAGCUCAGCUGCCUGGUCCCAAAGACCGCACUGGUCAAAAACCAGCGCAGAAGCGGAAGAACGGCCGGGCCCUCAAUGCGCUGUCUAUUGCAGAGAAGCAAAUUCCGACUAAGUUGGGUGUCCGACGCAGUCGAUUAGGAGCCUACGACGAUGGUUCCUUCACCCGCAAGCGAAACAACGGGGACGACGAUGAAGAAGACGACGCGGCCCAGCAUUACAAGCGCCGCAGAACCGAAGACACUGGAAGCCUUGACGGUGGCAGCGAUAGUGAAGGACACGAAUGGACACUCGGACAAGUGAACAGUGACGACGACAGUGAACUGGACAGCGACGAAGCUCUGGGCGAAAGUGAUGAAGAACGAUUUGAGGGCUUCACUUUCCGCGCAUCCAAGUCUACGUCCAAGCCAAAGAAAUCCGAACCCAAGGCGAAGAAACCUAGUGAAAUCAACUUGGACGAAGAUGAAGAAGAGUCUGAGGACGAAUCUGAGGGUGAAUACGACGAAGAUGAAGACGAUGAUCUGGGAGAGGAUGCUGUUGACCUCGCAACUGCCUGGGAUAUGAACACUGCUGCCGAAGAAGAAGACGCUAAGGAAGCAUCAAGAAAGGCCAAGCGGGCUGCCAGAGACGACAGUGAUGAGGAUUCGGGGUCAGAGGGGGACAGUGAAAGCGAAGAGAGUGACGAUGACCUUUCGAUUUCCGACGAUGGUGCAGACAAGCACGGUCUAUCAAAACUACAAGACUUCGUCCAGGCUAUGGAGACUGGCAAGCCCACGAAACGUACCCAAAAGUCACAGGAGCAAGGCAAGCCCUCGGAGUACGGGCUGACAUCCUCUAACAAAUUGACUGUCGCCGAUCUACUCCCUUCGAUUACGGAUUCUCGCCUCAAAAAUUCCCUCAAGCAUAUCGACUCUGUCCCACAGACUUCCAAGACUGGCAUUCCGGGCAAGCUAGAUGCUCCUCUGGCCAAGCGCCAGCAGGAUCGUCUGGAUCGAGCUGCGGCCUACGAAAAGAGCAAGGAAACUCUCAACCGAUGGCUCGACACUGUCAAAGCUAACCGCAGGGCCGAGCACCUCUCAUUCCCUCUGGCUGAUCCAGACGCUGAGCAAAACCAUAAGAAGAUGGAUAUUAUCAAGCCACAAAAUGGCUUGGAAAGCGCUAUCCAGAACAUUCUUGUGGAAAGCGGUCUUGCUGAGGCGGAGGGCCAGUCGGCCGAGGACCAGAUCCAGAAGAUGGAAGAAUUGCAAGCUCGCAACAUUCCAAUCGAGGAGAUCCAAGCUCGACGCACUGAGCUCCGCAAGCGACGUGACUUGAUGUUUCGAGAGGAAGUGCGUUCUAAGCGCAUUAAGAAGAUUAAGAGCAAGUCUUACCGCCGUGUUCACCGCAAGGAGCGCGAGAAGCAGGAGCAGCAAGAGCGCCAGGCCCUUAUGGAAGCUGGCGUGGAUCCAGACGAGAUGGAUCAGGAGAAGAGUGAGCGCAUGAGAGCCGAAGCUCGCAUGGGGUCCAAGCAUCGCGAAAGCAAAUGGUCCAAGGGUCUGAAACAGAGCGGUCGUACCGCCUGGGAUGAGGAGGCACGCAACAGUGCAGCCGACUUGGCUCAAAGAGAGGAGGAGCUGCGGAAGAGAAUCGAAGGCAAGCGUGUCUCUACUGGGGAAGACGAUUACCUGGAAUCCAGUUCCGAAUCUGAAGAAGAGGACCCUUGGGCCGAAGAUGCUUCCGAUGUGGAAAGGCAGAAAAUCCAGAAGAAGCUCAAGGCCCUCAACGGUGAUGAUGUCGAUGAGGACGCCCCGAAGGGACCUCAUGCUGAUCUCUUUGCUAUGAAAUUCAUGCAAAAAGCCGAUGCCGCCCGCAAGGAACAGAACGAUGCCGAGAUCCGCAAACUCCAGCGUGAGCUUCACGGACAGGAAUCUGAGUCUGAAGCAGAGUCAGAGGUCGGUCGACGAAAGUUCGGCAAGACAUCGAAGCCUGAGCAGAAGCCUCGCAAACCAUUGCUCAAGAAUGAGUUUGAAGAAGCCCUCGACUCCGAUGAUGAAGAUGCACAGGCAGCCGGAGCAGGAUCGGACGACGAUGUUAACAUUGUUGUCGAUGCUCCUGCCAAGCAAAAAUCAACAUCCACCAACAAGAACGUCGCAAAGCCUUCGCACAACUCUUUCCAGCGGGAAGGGUCCCCUGCCGAAGAGGAGAACCCUUGGCUGGUUCAGACUGAGCGUACCAACCGUCGUCGUACUGGCCCAGAUGCCCAGGAGUCUAUUGAUAUCUCGCUCGAUGUUGCUCCUCAGACCGCCCCAGCCAAGCAACAAAAGAAGCAGAACAACGCCAAGCCAGCUCCCGCAAAGCAACUCCAGACCGAGAAUGACAGCGAUGAUGAGGAGAACGUGCCUGUUCUUCUCAAGAACCACGACCUGGUAAAGAGAGCCUUCGCCGGCGAUGAAGUCGUCCACGAUUUCGAACAAGAUAAGAUGAACACCAUCGAAGAUGAAGGCGACAAGGUUGUAGACAACACACUCGAAGGUUGGGGUAGCUGGGCCGGUGACGGUGUCAGCAAGAAGCAGCAGAAGAGACAGAAGCGCGACCUGACCACUGUGCAGGGUGUGAAGCCCCAGCAGCGCAAGGAUGCCAAGCUCGAUCGGGUGAUCAUCAACCAGAAGCGUGUGAAGAAGGCAAGUCAUAUUCUUUCUAUUCCGCCACAAAACGUGAAGUACAUGGCCAGCCAAUUGCCGCAUGAGUUCGAGACCAAGCAGCAGUAUGAGCGGUCUCUACGCAUGCCUCUGGGUCCUGAGUGGUCCACCAAGGAGUCUUUCCAGAGUGGUACCAAGCCUCGUGUCAUGGUCAAGCAGGGUAUUAUCAAGCCCAUGCAGAAGCCCAUGUUCUAA